AUGUCAAGAAAAGUCCUAUUGGCCCAUCUGUUGCUUUUUUUUGUGAGCCGAAUGACCGCUUCGAACGAGUGCCGCUCUGUGGAGUCGAUUGUCGACUACGCCCUCUUUAGUCAUAUCCACGAACGAAUAUCCGAGAUACGAAUGGAAUCUUGCGCCUCAAGAUGUGACGCUGAUCCGUAUUGUUACAGCUUCAAUUUCUUCAUUCCCAGCAAGACCUGCGAGCUGAACAACGCGACCAGUUUAACGGAUUCCAAAAACUUCCAGGUCAUGCCCGGCGCGGUAUACUUUAAAAAGCUGAAACCACCGCACGACUUUUGUGAAGCCUUUCCUUGUCAAAAUAAUGGCACGUGCAAGAUUCUUGACCGCGCGCCUGUGUUUGAAUGUUCUUGUCCCACUGAAUACAGCGGAGAAACAUGCGAAGGUGAGUAAAUAAAAUGCAAACAUGCAGCAUUCAUAACCAUCAGUAAUGCUCCCACGAGUAGUAAAAGGGGUUAAACUAUAAGGAUACGUUCGCCUCGUUCUCAGUUUUUUGAGUCGUAGGAGCCUGGGUGAGAGUAACAGUGGGAUUGCGUUGACUCUUUAUAAGUCACGAUAACUUGAAGCCAAGACAAAGACGCUUCUUCCUUUUGAAUGAAAAAUAUGGAAAAUUCCCGCUAACCUUUCCAGAGUGACCAAACGCAGCCUUUGUUUUUUGAAUUGACCAUUAGUAAUAAUAAUCAAAAUGACAAUGGCGUUGAUAUUAAAAACGACAAAAACAAUGAUAAAGGUAAUAUCGAUAAUGAUGAUGAUGAUGAUGAUGAUGAUGAUGAUGAUGGUGGUGAUGAUGACGAUAAUGAUGACAUUCUAUACUUACACAAAUUAACUGAGACCCUUACUUUUUAGUCCCAUUCUCAAAAAUGAAGGCAGAUAAAAGUGCUUUAAUAUAGAGCACCAGUUUUAUCCCCCUUAAUCCACUUUGGUUGUCUCUUCUUCUGUCUUUGGCCUGGGGAGAUUAUAGACCCUCCAUUCCUCAGAAGAAAUCAGCUAAAGCUUAUGAUCAAGUGUCAAUGUGAUAUAACAGUCCAGAGUGCUCAUAAAGUAGUACUUCCUGGAAAACAACUAUUCCAUGUUAUAGCUUAGUUGUGGGUUGUCGACUAGCCUGUGCGCAGACGUCUCCUAUUUCCUUUGGGAGACAUCUGCACACAGCAGGCUAGUAAUCGACGAAACGAUUUUUUUCAGCAAAUGUUGAGCAUACAGGAUCGCACUCUUAAAGCAAUCGUAAUUUUCGUCAUUAUCUUUUUAGUUUGCAAUCCUUCCUCUCUGGGUCUGAGUAACCAUGAGCUUUCUGAUCUUAACUUCAACGCUUCAUCAAGCUUCAGUCCUUUCGCGCCUCGUGAUGCGAGGUUAUACGCGAACACAUCCUGGGCUAACGAAGGGUACUCUAGCGAUGAAUUCCUCCAGAUUAGUUUCCACCCCUACUCAAAGCUCAUUACAGGCGUGGCUACUCAGGGAAACCCUCAUCAUGAUUGGUGGAUUUAUCGUUACUAUCUCCAUUACAGUCUAGAUGGUUUUACGUGGUCGUUUUACGAGGUUGCAUCAUAUCCCGGAUCACGAAAGGUGAGAUAGCGUGAUCUGUAUACAAACUUGAUACGAGACAGCAUUAUUUAUGCAUACUCGUUUCGAGGGUUCUCUCCUACUCAACACUGGUCGUGAAGGAGAGAACCCUGGAAAUGAGUUGUGACGUGAGUAGGGGCCUUAAGCAACUACGCAAAAAACAAUUGGUUUUAUGAGCAAAACAAAAGCUUUACACAUGCAUCAGGAUUUUAGUACAUUUCUUUGAAGUCCACUGCACGACUACAACGUGAAAUCUCUCAAUGCGACGUUUUAUGGAGGACGUGGACAUACGACGACAAAUUUUCCUUCCUCUAUUUGAACGUGGAUAAAGCCAUUAACAAUUCAUUUCCAGGAAUAGUCGGCUACAUUUGACGAAUUGAGCGCUUCCAAAUAGACGCGAUAAAGUUUGAAAGGACGCAAAUUCAUUUUUUUAGUGAUGUUUUCACUGCCGUCGUGGUCGUUGUUGCUUAAGCUCCGUAGUAUUAAACUCGGUCUCUUGUUGAUACCCUUGAGCUGAAAAAAAUAAAAUGGUGGUCCCUCUUACAAGCUAACUUUCGUCGAUCUUUUUUAAAGAGAAUAUUUUUUCAACCGCUAUUUUUAUAUUUUUUCUGAGGCUUUAAUAGUUUUCCCUGUUUGUAGAACUCAGUAGAGAGCUUAAGCAACGAGCACGGUGACGACAGCGAGAACGGCAAAAAAGCAAACGGUAUAGAUUGGCAAAUAACAACACGCCUUUUUUGUACAUUUUUCUGCCGUUAGUGCACGACUACGAUGUGAAAAUGCCUAAUUUCACGUUUUUUGGAGAAUGUGAACACAAGAGAACGACUUUCUUUUUCUUUUCCUGAAAUUCGAGACAGUCCUUGAAAAUUCAACUCCAAAACAUUUACCAAAAUUUGACGAAUAGAACGAGAUGGAACAAGCACGAUAUAGUUUGGACCUGCGCGAGUUCACUUUUCAAGUCCAAGCUUCCUAUUAUUUCAAUUGGUUCAAUUGGUUCAAUUGGUUCUUCACGGUUAUGUGCGUGUUUCGACUUGUGAUCGAGAAGGCAUGGGAAGUUGCUCUUCUUUAGAGGGCAAACAGAGAAGUCGAUGAAGUCUCUAGCCCGAUCCUUAUACCGGUGUGAGAUCAAGGAUGAGGCUUGCUCCUCUAGAAGCACGGAUGCAUGGGGAACCUAUAUUUAUCCCGGGGGGAUCAAUAUAGGUUUUUGGGAAACUGCCCACUUACCCCUCCCCUUACCCAACAUUUUGCCCUAAGUGAGAAGUAAGUGUUAAUGUUGACAUAGGGGAGGGUUAGGUGGGCAGUUUCCCAGAAACUUAAAUUGAUCCGACGGGGGUAUAAGUGCCAUCAGGACACAUUUAAAUUUAACUUGUUUGUCUAAAAUGUUUAUAAGCACCAUUACACUGUUCUAGUCCAAAUUAAACACCACUUUUUCAACGUUUAUGAUGUUCUAGGAAUUCGUCGGUAACACGGACAGGAAUACAGUGGUAACAAACCAACUCCAGCGCCCGAUCCGAGCAAUGUACUUACGGAUUGUACCAAGGGCUUGGCAAAAUAAGGUCGCCCUGAGAGUGGAAGUCUACGGUUGUAGCUAA